AAAGGUUGUAACUUUUACUCACUGUCAUGAAUCCAACAGGAAACGACUAGAUAUCGGAACUUGUUUCAACACACAUGUGCACCACUUCAAGCACCGAAAGGAAACAAAAAUCAGCAACAUCUGUUGGUUCCAAACAUAACAUGAAAUAAAAAUAGCAUUUAAGACAGUGAAAUCGAUGUCACCAAGAGAAGUUCCAUGGAAGUUAAAUAAGAACAUGGUGUUGUUAUUCCAGUAUCAUGUUAUCUGCUCAUUCAUUCUUUUCCAUGUUUCAUCAGCCUCAUUAUCUCCGCCUGCAAUUUUCCUUCUACAGUUCUUUAACAGCCUCCCAAAACACACUCAACUUCUGUUACCAUGGAAUCAAUCCGAUUCUCCAUCUCCAAACUCUCAUUGCCAAUGGGCUGGAGUGUCUUGCUACUCCAAAAAGAGCUUUCAGGUCAGAGCCUUGAAUCUAUCAGGCUUCGGGCUGUCUGGUGUAUUGAGCAACUCUGUUCCUCAUCUUUGCCUCCACCAGCGUAUGCUCUCCCUUGACCUCAGUGGCAACAGUUUCAGUGGUAAUAUACCUCAAAUUCUGGGGAACUGCAGCCAACUAAAUACCAUUCUUCUCAAUGAUAACGGCUUUGAAGGAUCAAUCCCUCACCAAAUUUUCAUGUCAAAGUGGCUUAGGAAGAUUGACUUGGGUUAUAACUCACUCUCUGGUGGAAUCCCCCCUGAGGUAAGUCUUUGCAUCAAUCUGGAAUAUAUUGGUCUCUACAACAACUUUCUAAGUGGUGUGGUUCCGGGUGAAAUGUUUUCUCUACCAAAUCUGAAGUUCCUCUAUUUAAACACAAAUAACCUCACUGGUUCGGUACCUGAUUUCCCACCUUCAUGUACAAUUCUUGAUUUCUGGAUUCACGAGAAUGGAUUUUCGGGUUCUUUGCCUCGUACCCUCGGAAACUGCUAUAACCUUACAACAUUUAUAGCAUCCUACAACAAAUUCCAAGGGGUCAUUCCACCAGAGACUUUUGAGGGGCUUUUGCAACUUGAAGUUCUCUAUCUUGGUGAAAACAAUGUGGAGGGCGAAAUUCCGAACACUUUGUGGAGUUUGCAGAACUUGCAAGAACUUAUUCUGUCAGGGAACAAGCUUAAUGGAACUAUUUCUGAGAGGAUUGCUCAAUGCAAUCAGCUUGUGGCAAUUGCACUUUCAGGAAAUAAUCUGGUUGGUCCCAUUCCUCGGUCAAUAGGAAAUCUUACAGGUUUAGCUAAUUUAUUUAUUUAUAACAACAAACUUAAUGGCUCAUUACCUCCUGAGCUUGGAAACUGCACUUCACUUGUUGAACUCAGGCUUCAGCAUAACUUCAUUGGAGGAAGCAUCCCUCCAGAAAUUUGCAAUCUCAAGAAUCUUGAGGUUCUUUUUCUAUUCAACAAUCAUAUUGAAGGCCACAUUCCACAAGAAAUUGGCAGGAUGAGAAACCUGGUACAGUUGGCUUUGUAUAACAACAGUUUAACUGGUAGAAUCCCAUCUGAAAUUGUUCACUUGAAGAAAUUGAGAUUCCUGUCCUUGGCUCAGAACGAUCUAGUUGGGGAGGUUCAAUUUGAGCUGAGCAAAAAUUUCCCUGCUUUGGUUAGAUUGGAUUUAUCAGGGAACCGACUUAAUGGAUCGAUUCCUUCCAGAAUAUGUGCUGGCUAUAAUUUUUCAGUUUUGGCCCUCGCGAACAAUCGUUUCAGUGGGAGCUUUCCUUCUGAUAUUGGGAAAUGCUCAUCUCUCAGAAGGGUGGUUCUUAGUAACAAUAAUCUUCAAGGGCAUAUACCAGCAGAUUUGGAAGAGAACCCUGGAAUUUUUUUCCUGGAAGUCCAAGGAAACUUGCUUGAAGGAAAGAUUCCCCCAGUUUUUGGUCACUGGACCAAUCUUUCAAUGCUGGAUUUCUCAAGGAAUAGGCUCUUUGGCUCUAUACCUCCAGAGCUUGGGAAGCUUGGGAAUCUGCAAAUUUUAAGGCUUUCUUCUAAUAGACUUACAGGAAGCAUUCCCUCAGAGUUGGGUCAUUGUGAAAAGAUGAUCAAACUGGAUUUGAAAUCCAAUUAUCUGUCAGGAAGUAUUCCACCAGAAAUAAUAUCAUUGCCCAACCUGCAAAACCUUCUGCUCCAAGAAAACAAACUCAGUGGACAUAUUCCCGAUUCUUUUUCAUCUCUCCAAAGUCUAAUAGAAUUGCAGCUUGGAGGUAACAUGCUUGAAGAUCCCAUUCCAUGCAGUUUGAGUAACCUUCACCAUUUCAGUUCAGUUCUCAAUUUAAGCAACAACAGGUACUCUGGUGAAAUCCCUGCAUGCCUUGGCAAACUAGACAAGCUACAGAUUCUUGAUCUCUCGAGCAACAGUUUCUCUGGUGAGAUACCAGCAGAUGUGAACAACAUGAUCUCCCUCUACUUUGUGAACAUAUCAUUCAAUCACCUAAGAGGAAAAUUACCAUCCGUUUGGAUGAGGAUCGUCGCUUCAUAUCCUGGAUCUUUCGUUGGAAAUCCAGAACUUUGCCUGCUGGGUGAUGAAACUGGUAAUUGUCGGGAAACUGAAAAAGGCAACAGCAGGGGAAGGGUGCUUGCUGGGAUCGUUAUUGCUGUGGUGGUCUCUGUGGCAUUACUCUGUGCGAUGAUCUACACAUUGGUGGUUAGACGCCUACAGAAGAAACAUUCCAUUGACCAAACUGUUCUCUACAAACGACAAUCUAGAACUGAAGACCUACCUGAGAACUUAAAAAUCGAAGAUAUUAUUCGUGCUACAGAAGGAUGGAGCGAAAAGUAUAUCAUCGGGAGAGGCAAACAUGGAACAGUUUACAGAACAGAAACUUCCAACUCUAGAAACCAUUGGGCUGUCAAGAAAGUGAAUUUGUCCAGCACAAACUUCAAACUUGAGAUGAGAACUCUUGGCUUAAUUAGGCAUCGUAAUAUAAUGAGAAUGGCAGGUUAUUGCAUUAGGGACGGAUAUGGAUUCAUUGUCACUGAGUAUAUGCCUGGUGGAACACUUUUUGAUGUGCUUCACCAGAGCCAACCCCGCCUGGUUUUAAACUGGGAUACACGAUAUCGUGUUGCAUUUGGUAUAGCUCAUGGUCUUUCCUACCUUCACCAUGAUUGUGUGCCUCAGAUUAUCCAUAGAGACAUCAAAUCAGAUAACAUACUAUUGGAUUCUGAAUUCGAACCAAGGAUUGGAGACUUUGGAAUGGCAAAGUUGGUCAGCGAUGAGGAUUCAAGCUCGACAAGGUCUGCAAUUGUUGGAACAUUGGGCUACAUAGCACCAGAGAAUGCAUACUCCACGCGGUUGACAGAAAAAUGUGAUGUCUAUAGCUAUGGUGUAGUUCUGCUAGAGAUGCUCUGCCGAAAAUUGCCUGUAGACCCUAGCUUUGAGGAUGGCCUAGAUAUUGUCUCGUGGACUAGAAGAAACCUAGAGGAAAAUGAAGAAUACAUCUGCUUCCUUGAUGAGGAGAUCAGCCUUUGGACCGAUGAUGAACAACAAAGGGCCCUUGCAUUGCUGGAACUGGCACUUCAAUGCACUCAAUCUAUGGCUGAUACAAGACCCUCCAUGCGGGAUGUGGUGGCAUCUCUAAUUAGGUUAAAUGAUAAGCAUGAGAAAUCUAUAAACAACACAUAAACGAAGGGAUUUAGCUUUUACUGCAAAUUA